GGGAGGUGAGUGAGUCUCUGUGUCUCUGAUGGGGUUCCCAGACUAUGCCUGUAACCACUGAGUUGGAAAGUCAGCCAAGAUCACGAGGCUCUUAAGCCCUGACGUGAAUGAAGCUUGAACUCGCUUGCUCUGCCUCGGAGGCCACCAAGACCACCGUCAAGGAGCGCUUCGCCUUCCUCUUCAACAACGAGAUCCUGAGCGACGUGCAUUUCCUGGUGGGGAAGGGCGUGGGCAGCCAACGCAUCCCCGCGCACCGCUUCGUGCUGGCGGUGGGCAGCGCCGUCUUCGACGCCAUGUUCAACGGCGGCAUGGCCACCACCUCCAGCGAGAUCGAGCUGCCCGACGUGGAGCCCGCGGCCUUCCUGGCGCUGCUCAAAUUCCUAUAUUCUGACGAAGUCCAGAUUGGACCAGAGACUGUUAUGACCACACUAUACACUGCUAAGAAGUACGCAGUGCCUGCCCUGGAAGCUCACUGCGUGGAGUUCUUGAAGAAGAACCUGCGAGCUGACAAUGCCUUCAUGCUGCUUACGCAGAGGCACACAGCUAUGUGUGGUAAAACGUGCGCAGUGUCAGGUGACACAGCCGUGGGACAGCCUCCUGGAUACCAGGGCUCCGUGUCCGUCUGGCCACGGAACCGGGAGGAUCGAGAGAGAGCACUAAACGGGGCCGAGGAAAUUAAGGAAGGCGAUCGAGUUGGAGAGGGAGAGGCAAGGCUCUUUGAUGAACCUCAGCUUGCCAGCUUAUGCCUGGAAAAUAUUGAUAAAAAUACUUCAGAUGCAAUCAAUGCGGAAGGUUUCACAGAUAUUGAUUUAGAUACCCUGAUGGCUGUACUGGAACGGGAUACGCUUGGGAUUCGCGAGAUCCGGUUGUUUAACGCGGUGGGUCGCUGGGCGGAGGCCGAGUGUCAGCGACAGCAGCUCCAACUGACUCCUGAGAACAAGCGGAAAGUCCUGGGGAAAGCUCUGUCCCUCAUCAGAUUCCCUCUCAUGACCAUCGAGGAGUUUGCAGCAGGCCCAGCACAGUCAGCAGUCCUAACUGACCGAGAGGUUGUCAGUCUCUUCCUGCAUUUCACAGUCAACCCUAAGCCCCGAGUGGAGUUUAUAGAUCGGCCUCGCUGCUGCUUACGAGGCAAAGAAUGCAGCAUCAACCGCUUCCAGCAAGUGGAGAGUCGCUGGGGCUACAGCGGGACGAGCGACCGGAUAAGGUUCACUGUAAACAGGAGGAUAUUUGUGGUUGGGUUUGGCUUGUACGGAUCAAUACACGGGCCCACAGACUAUCAAGUAAAUAUACAGAUUAUUCACACUGACAGCAACACAAUUUUGGGACAGAAUGAUACUGGUUUUAGUUGUGAUGGAUCAUCCAAUACAUUCAGGGUUAUGUUCAAGGAGCCGGUGGAGAUUUUGCCCAAUGUUAACUAUACUGCAUGUGCUACAUUGAAGGGGCCGGAUUCACAUUAUGGGACUAAAGGACUGCGUAAAGUCACCCACGAGUCUCCCACCACGGGCACAAAGACAGUCUUCACUUUCUGUUACGCUGCUGGGAACAAUAACGGGACGUCUGUUGAGGAUGGCCAGGUCCCCGAGAUCAUCUUUUACACGUAGUUGAGCUCGGUGGGAACUGGCAGGAGCCGCUCGCUGGGCUGGUCUACACAAUACAAACUGGUUGUCCACUACUCUGUAUAUUUGAAAGGAAGGGUGAUGUGCCUAUUGCUGGGCAGAGUUUUUAAAUAUUGUGCUUUAUUUUAAAUGUUAAUGGCUGGCAGUGUAAAACGCAUCGCUUUUCUUCUCCCCACUCUUCCCCCCCCAAGCUCUGUAUUGUGGCAGGAUAUGGGAGUAUUGAUAUUGUGGUGCCAAUUCUUUAAAAGAAACAUUUUUUUUUGCGUUGUGACGUUUGAAAAGCACUUAUGUAACCAGGGGCUGCAGCCAGCGUUGAGCUGAGUUGAGCUCUCACGCCUUGACGUUUGCGUAGGAAAAGCAAAGCAUUGCAGUGGAGAAAGUCCCGAGCGGGGCCUUGGAACAUUCAAACUGCAGACGAGAAAGGCUUCCAGUUGAGCAUGUAGCAUGUGAUUCAGCAAACAAACACCCUCGGACUAGAUCGGAAACCUGUGAUACAAGGAGCAGAAUCAAACCAGAAUCUUUUGGUAUUGUCCCGUAAAGCUCAUUGUGUCUGUGAUCUGAAGGCAGUAACUCGAUGGUGAGUAACCUCUCCAUACUGACAGGGAGCAGCUGUACUCCGAUUCUCAACCAAAACAGCGUUCGCUUUCCUUCCGUCUGUAAACUAAAUAAUCCUUCAUAAGCUCAGUCGAAAGUAAGUGAGUUCAAGUUUGCAGUUAUUUAUUUUUAACUCUGGCCGUUCAAUUACCUGGUAAAAUUAUCUGGUUAUAAUUGCUUUUUUUUUGUAAUAUCCUGAUUGUGUUACUACUUAAAACAUGCAUAUGUUUUAAACACGUGUAUACACACACACACGUACAACUACACGUACACCUUAGGAAGCUAUCAGUAUAAAGUUUCAUGCUUUUUUUUAAAAACAUUAAUGGCACUUGAAUUGGAUUUGAUUCAUGGGAGAGUGUCAUUCGAUAAUCUUAUGUUGUAAUCAGAUUUUGUUUUAAAAAGAUUUGUUUUUUUUAAAAAGAAACAUACCCACUUUCUUUCUGAAAAGUUUUAAUAUUCCUCCUGGCUUGAUGCUGUCUGUUAAGGAUUGGAGCGCUCUGAAUCUCACACCCAGACCUGUAUGGGAUGUGCACAGUAGGAGCGCGGUUGUCAAGUCGAUUGACAGUUCGCUUUUCCGGUGGUAAUAAUCCCUUCACAAAAAUAAUAAUAAUAAUUUGGUGACUCAAUCCAUGAUUGUUUGUGGGACACUGCUGUGCGCAAUUGGCUGCUGCGUUUCGCCCACAAAAUAUAGUCAAUUCACUUUACAGUAUAUUCUCUGAAGCGCUUUGCGGUGUCUCAAAGACGUGAUAAGGCUAGAUUUCAAAUGCAAGGAUUAUUACUAUUAUAAUAACACUGAAGAGAAUCAUUGUGGAAUGAUAAUAGUGUCUGUUCAUUUUGCUCUUUGUUGUGAGGACAGUUCUUUAAAAGGAGCCUGCCCCUCACAUACCUUUUGUAGCUCUGCGGAAACCUUGGGAAUCUUGGGAAUGCUAAUUGUAGGGGGAAAAAAACCUAUUGUAAUUAACGGUCAAAUAACUUGUGUUUAUUAUUAUUAUUAUUAUUAAGUCACAAAUUUGCAAAUACAAAGCUAGUAGCCACAAAGGUGCUAUUUGGCCAACAAUGUUGGUGCGGGACUACUAGUUGUGGCUAACAUGAAACAGACAGAGAAUUUGUAAAUAACAUUGACAGUAUUGUGUUUUAUUUUGCAUUCGCAGUGUCAGGCCAACAUGAAGUGUGUAAAUUACGUAUUUUUCUCUAUUUUGAAGUCAGUGUUUGCAAAGCACCGGGAUUUAUCCCCAAAGCCAGAGCCACAGAAUUUCUCUCCUUUUGUAGCAUAAUUUCUCCCAGACUCGUAGAGUGGAGUUCUGUAGUGGUUAGAGCACUCGCCUUGCAAGCGAGAGGA